UGUGUUGCAGGUGUUCGUGUGCGGCGUGGUGUUCUGCAGUCAGGCGCAGCUGCAGGAGCGGGGAAAGAUGGCCUGCUCUCAGCCGCACGAGCCGCGCUGUCUGCCGCUGCACAUCAUGAAGCUGCUGUCGUCUGACAGACAGAGAGAGUGGUGGGAUGCUGUCUACAGCCUGAUUCACAAGAGAGCGCAGCCCGGGACGUCUGCUAAACUGCGUCUGCUCGUUCAGCACGGUCUGGGCACGCUGCGCGCCGGAGAGAAACACGGCCUGCAGCCGGCGCUGCUCAUACACUGGGCCAAACAUCUGACUGACGCGACUGAGCGGGUGAACUCUUACUACGAUCAGAAGGAGUAUGCUAGCCGCAGUGUGCACUACUGGAGGGCUGUGCUCCCCCUGCUGGAGAAGGUCCGACACAAACGCAGCAUCCCUGAACCCCUGCAGCCCAUGUUCAUGCACUUUCAGAGCAGAGACAUACAGCCCUCUCAGGUGCGAGUGUAUGAGGAAGAUGCAGUCAUAAGCUUCGCCACACUCCUUGACAUCGAGGGCAACACAGAGGAGGCCAUCGUGAAGCUGGAGCAGCUCAACAGCAUCUCGUCUAACUGGCAUCUGGCGAAGAUCUUUCAGAGGCUGUCGGAGGAGGCAGGGAACGGGCUUGAGGAAACUCAGGGCAAGUGCACCAGCUUCCUCCUGAAGUUCAGGAAAUACUUGGCCAAGAUUUAUCAGGCCAAUGCAGAGGAUUUGGAGAAGUUACCUGUAUCUAUGGAGGAGGUGAUGGAUUUGUUGAAUGAAGUCAACCAGCAGCUUGAAGAUGUUGGUGAGGUGGAUGAAGAUCAGGUGGACUAUCCUGUGACAUCCAGCCCCAGUCAGCCCGCUGAAGGCCAUGUUAAAUUCUCCACUCCGUCCCCAUCCAAGAGUGUCACGUCACCGUCCAAAAGAUCUGUGUUCUCCCCCAAAACGCCUCCUCACUGGGUGGAGGACCAGAAGUCACUGCUGCAGAUGUUAUGCCAGCAGGUCGAGGCCUUGAAGAAUGAGGUUCAUGACCUGCGUCAUAACUCUUCAGAUGCCGCAGCAUCCUCAUAUAGGAUGUAUCGAGACAACUAUGCUGCAGAAGGACUUCAGGAAACGUUUCCUGCGGCGCAGACAUUCCACGGUGUUCCUCUCACUGUUGCUACUACAGGUCCCUCUGUGUACUACAACCAGUCUCCAGCAUAUAAUUCACAGUAUCUUCUGCGCACCGCUGCAAAUGUCACACCAACAAAGGGCCCAGUAUAUGGGAUGAAUCGUCUUCCUCCUCAGCAACAUAUGUAUGCCUACCAACAAUCAACACACACCCCACCUCUCCAGUCAACACCCGCAUGCAUGUAUCCUCAAGAGCAAGUCUUCGGUCCUCCCAUCCGCUUUGAGUCACCAGCUACAUCCUUACUCUCCCCAUACAGUGAGGAGUAUUACGGUCACAAUGUUCCUCAGCCCACAGUCAAUCCAACAUUGCCAGAGCCUGGAUAUUUCACUAAGCCAUGUGCCGUUACAUCCACACAGCCAUCCAGGAGCACUGAAAGCAAGGCUGUCGACCCCAAGAUGAGUUUUGGGCCGCAGUUCACAGGUGAACCUGCUAAGGUUCCCAACUUUGGAGCAGUAGCUGCCGGUCCAACAACAACAGCAUCAACUGCGUUCAAGUUCAAAUCCAAUUUCAAAUCCAAUGAUGGCGAUUUCACCUUCUCCUCUGCUCAGGUGAAAAAUAGUGAAAGCCUCUUGGGACUUCUGACAUCAGAUAUUCCUCCCAAAGUGGAGGUGCCGUCAGAAACAAAACAUCAGACCCAAGACCAGCUGCCUAGCCAGAGCGGAGUCUUUACCUUUGGAAGUAAAAGUGCAGCAGGAUUUUCAUUCACUGAUGGUGCUCAGAACAAGAUGAGUAUUUUUGGCAACACCGACCAAAGAUUUAGCUUUACAAGUGGAACCAAGCCAACAUUAGGGAAUUCAGAGCCUCGGGAAGAGAAAAGUGGGGCGAGUGACAAUGAUAGCACCCAUGUAGAAGAAGAGGAGGAUGGGCCUCAUUUUGAGCCCAUUGUGCCUCUACCUGAUAAGGUCGACGUGAAAACUGGUGAGGAGGAGGAGGAGGAGAUGUUCUGCAAGAGAGCAAAACUCUUCCGAUUUGACUCGGAGUCUAAAGAAUGGAAAGAGAGGGGCAUUGGCAGUAUCAAAAUCCUGAAGCACAAAACCUCCGGGAAAGUUCGUCUGUUGAUGAGGAGGGAGCAGGUUCUGAAAAUCUGCGCCAAUCACUAUAUCACUGCCGACAUGGCCCUCAAACCAAAUGCUGGAUCUGACAAAUCCUGGGUGUGGUACGCUAUGGACUAUGCAGAUGAAAUGCCGAGGACUGAGCAGUUGGCCAUUCGUUUUAAAACGGCAGACGAGGCGGCACUGUUUAAAGUUAAAUUUGAGGAGGCUCAAAAAUUCCUUUCGGAAUCCCCACAAAGCCAACAGGCUGAAAAGGAAAGCGAAAUUCCACAGCCUCAGGUUUCAUCCAAAGAAGUGGAUCUCAAAACCCGGUUUUCCAAGAAGGCGGGUGAAUGGGACUGUGACAUGUGCUGUGUAAGAAACGCUCCCACGUCUGCGGUAUGCGUGGCCUGCAGCAGUGCAGCUCCUUCUACAGCACAGGUCAAAACUGUAGAGGAACCCAAAGCCUCUGGCCCUGUGGCUCCUCCUGCCAAAUUGUUUUCUUUUGGACUUUCUGGAGAUUCUGCUAAGAACAACGCCAGCACUGAUGUCAGCUCAAAGGGCUUCAUUUUUGGAUCUCAAAUACCAGUUUCUUUUAAGUUUGGAUCGAAGGAUGCUGCCGCCACAUCUGCUGACUUUGGAGCUCAGGCUGAGAAGAAAACAAUUCAGUCUGAUGCACCACAACAAGAGAAAGUGUCAGCAGCUCCAGCAGUCCCAUUUGGCACUGGAUUUGGUGCUCAGUUUGCCAAUGGAUCGAAGGAUGCUGCCGUCACAUCUGCUGACUUUGUAGCUCAGGCUGAGAAGAAAACAAUUCAGUCUGAUGCACCACAACAAGAGAAAGUGUCAGCAGCUCCAGCAGUCCCAUUUGGCACUGGAUUUGGUGCUCAGUUUGCCAAUGGAUCGAAGGAUGCUGCCGUCACAUCUGCUGACUUUGUAGCUCAGGCUGAGAAGAAAACAAUUCAGUCUGAUGCACCACAACAAGAGAAAGUGUCAGCAGGUCCAGCAGUCCCAUUUGGCACUGGAUUUGGUGCCCAGUUUGCCAAGAAAGAGGGUCAGUGGGACUGUGACUCCUGCCUAGUGAGGAAUGAUGCCUCAGCAACUGAAUGCGUUUCUUGCCAAGCCCCCUGCAGCACUGAAAAAAGUAAAGCAACAUCACAAGGUGGGCUAGCUGCCAUGUUUGUUAAAAAAGAUGGACAGUGGGAUUGUGAGACUUGCCUGGUAAGGAACGAAGGUUCAUCCAGCCAUUGUGUUUCAUGUCAGACAGCAAACCCAAAUAUGAAAAACAAGACCUCUGCUGCACCAUCAAGUUCCUCUUUUUCCUUCAGUUUUGGUAGUUCUAGCAGCCAACCUGCUGCGACAGGAUUUAAAGCCAAUUUCAAUCCAGGCCCUGCUUUUCAGUUCGGCACAAGUCAGGAUAAAGCAUCCUCAGAAGGCUUCAAGUUUGAGUCCUCCACAACUGAGGCUGAAAAGUCAUCAGGCAGUUCCAGUUUUUCGUUUUCCAUGUCGGCGCCUGUUGGCGGAUUUAAGUUUGGCAUUGCAGAAUCUGAGGCAAAACCAUCAGAUGAACAGUCCCAAAAUGGAUCUGCAUCUGACCUUCUCAAAAAUAUUGCUGAGCUUCACAAAGAGAAAGAGAAAGAAAAAGAGGCAGCCCCAAGUACCUCAGAACAGUCUGUAGACGCUGAUAGUCACGAUAAUAAUCCCCUCUUUACUGGAAAGCCUAACACCUUUAGUUUCGCUGACUUGGCAAAGUCACAAGGCAGUUUUCAGUUUGGCCAGAAUGAUCCCGCUUUCAAAGGCUUUGCAGGGGCUGGCGAGCAGCUCUUUACAGGAGUUCAUUCCAGCUCCAAGGCCGACACCUCUGUCGAUCAAGAUGAUGAAAUGUACAAAACCGAUGAGAAUGACGAUAUUCAGUUUGAGCCCGUUGUUCAGAUGCCGGAGAAGGUCGACCUUGUUACAGGCGAAGAAGAUGAGAAAGUCUUGUAUUCACAGCGUGUCAAACUCUUCAGAUUUGAUACGGAAACAAACCAAUGGAAAGAAAGAGGAGUCGGCAACCUUAAACUGCUCAAGAAUAACCAGAACGGGAGACUUCGAGUUCUUAUGAGAAGAGACCAGGUGUUGAAAGUGUGUGCUAAUCAUUGGAUCACAACCACAAUGAACUUAAAGCCUCUCUCUGGCUCGGAUCGAGCCUGGAUGUGGAUGGCCAGUGACUUCUCAGAUGGAGAUGCCAAAUUAGAACAACUUGCGGCAAAAUUCAAAACACCUGAGCUUGCAGAAGAGUUCAAGCUUAAAUUCGAGGAGUGUCAGCGACUGCUUUUGGAUAUUCCUUUGCAGACGCCUCACAAGCUCGUGAACACUGGCAGAACGGCCCAGCUUAUAAAGCAAGCUGAAGAAAUGAAAUCUGGGCUUAAGGACCUCAAAUCAUUCUUGACUUGCCAAAACAAGGAUGACAGAAGUUGCGAUACAAGUCAUAGUACCUCUGCAGUUGUAGUUAAGCUCGACUCUGAGAGCACCGCACCCACUUUAGAAUGGGAUAAUUAUGAUUUGCGAGAGGAAACGCAUGAGGACUGUGCCAGCUCCUCUGUGUGCAAUACUCCUUUGCAGCCUGAUCCAGUAGCUAAAAAUUUAUUCCGCUUUGGCGAAUCGUCCACAGGCUUCAGUUUCAGUUUUCAGCCUAUUCUCAGUCCCUCUAAGUCUCCAUCUAAGCUAAACCAGAGCCAGGCUUCUGUUGGCACAGAUGAUGAGCAAGAAGCGUCGCAGGAGGAAGAGCGAGAUGGUCAGUACUUUGAGCCUGUUGUGCCAUUGCCUGAUCUUGUUGAAGUCUCAACAGGAGAGGAGAACGAGCAAGUCCUUUUCAGUCACCGGGCCAAAUUAUACCGCUAUGAUAAAGAUCUCAGUCAGUGGAAGGAACGAGGUAUAGGAGACCUUAAAAUACUACAACACUACGAAACAAAGCGUGUCAGACUCAUGAUGAGAAGGGACCAGGUCCUCAAACUGUGUGCAAACCAUUGGAUUGCUUCCAAUAUGAAGCUCGAGCCCAUGAAAGGAGCCGAGAAAGCGUGGAUCUGGGGUGCCUUUGAUUUUGCUGAAGGGCAGGGCAAGGUGGAACAGCUGGCAGUUCGAUUUAAGCUGCAGGAAACUGCAAAUGCUUUCAAAGAAAUCUUCGAAGAGGCGAUGACUGCACAGGAAAAAGACACUCUACUAACCCCAUUUUCUGCGAGAGUACCUGCCUCCACCCAGGAGACGCUUUGUGGCCAGGCUGCAGUUGCUGUACUUGAGGAAACCACAAAAGAACGUACCGGACUCUCUGAGGAAGGCAGUCCUAAACUGGAUCAGACACCUCAAAGCACCAAGAAUGUGGUCUCUCCUCCAAAGUUCGUCUUUGGGUCAGACUCUGUGCAGAAGAUCUUUGGAAGCCCUUCGCCAUCAAAAGAAAAAUCUCCGGUUGUGAUUCCCAGUUCAGAAGAUGAGGAAACGGGUGCCUCGAGACUGAAAACCUCUGGACCAGCAGUGACCAGCCAGUCAUCGGUUGGGACUCCUUUCAGCAUACCAACAAGAAGUUUGGAUUUUAGGCUUUUCAAAAAUAAUCCUAUGGCUUUUUGGACCUGCACAUCAGCCAACCAGUUUGAAGCCCGAGUUUCCUCUCCGUCAGAGCAGAAGAGCAGCGCUCAGGACGUGUGUGAUGAUGAUAUCGAGAUCGUAUUUGAGCUUAAACCAUCAAUAGAGCAAGCAGAGCUGGCUGCCAGUCUGAUGCUUCCUCCUACGUUCUUCUGUUACAAAAACCGUCCAGGAUACGUCAGCGACGAUGACGGCGAUGAUGAGGAUUUUGAGAGCGCAGUGAGGGAUCUGAAGGGGAAGCUGUAUGCGGAUGGAGCUGAUGGAGCGUCUGAUCACGACUCGGAGGUCAGUCUGGUGUGGGAGAAGCGGCCGACCUCAGACGAGGAGCAGCGAGCCAGACGCCUCCUGCUGCCUCCCACCUUCCUGUGCGGCGUCAGCAGCGACUCCGAGCCGGAGGCAGAGAAACCAGACGACUUCAGCGCUGAGCUCCAGAAGCUGCAGCAGCAGGUGACGAGUGUUUCUGAUCUCCACAUCGCUGUGAGUCCGGUCUGCAGCACAGCACCAGCUCUGGACACACAGGUGAAGCCUAAGCCUUCCCAUGAUGCAGCAGAUGAGGAGCAGCGAGCCAGACGCCUCCUGCUGCCUCCCACCUUCCUGUGCGGCGUCAGCAGCGACUCCGAGCCGGAGGCAGAGAAACCAGACGACUUCAGCGCUGAGCUCCAGAAGCUGCAGCAGCAGGUGACGAGUGUUUCUGAUCUCCACAUCGCUGUGAGUCCGGUCUGCAGCACAGCACCAGCUCUGGACACACAGGUGAAGCCUAAGCCUUCCCAUGAUGCAGCAGAUGAGGAGCAGCGAGCCAGACGCCUCCUGCUGCCUCCCACCUUCCUGUGCGGCGUCAGCAGCGACUCCGAGCCGGAGGCAGAGAAACCAGACGACUUCAGCGCUGAGCUCCAGAAGCUGCAGCAGCAGGUGACGAGUGUUUCUGAUCUUCUCAUCGCUGUGAGUCCGGUCUGCAGCACAGCACCAGCUCUGGACACACAGGUGAAGCCUGAGCCUUCCCAUGAUGCAGCAGCUGUGGACACGAGCAGCGGCGGAGCAGAAGAGCGUCAGACUGACGGCAGCCGUCCCAUCGACCUCUCCACCAAGAGAAGCAGUGAGAGCGACAGCACCGCUACAGGUCUGUCUUUUGGAUUCGCAUCUGCGGGUGGGUUUUCAUUUGAAGAACUCGCAAAGACUUCGGGUGAAUUUGCAUUUGGCAAAAUAGAUGAUGAUUUCUCAUGGUCAGGCGCAGGAGCCACAGUCUUUGGAAGUACAGGGACACAAAAGGAAGGAGAAAAAACAAGCCAUGAAGCAGAAGAGGAGGGCUGUGAUGAAGAGACGACUCAUAAUGAGGAGGUCCACUUUGAGCCGAUCGUGUCCCUGCCUGAGGUGGAGGUGAGGUCUGGUGAGGAGGACGAGGAGAUCCUGUUCAGAGAAAGAGCCAAACUGUACCGCUGGGACCGCGAGCUCAACCAGUGGAAGGAGCGCGGCGUGGGAGACCUCAAGAUCCUCUUCCACCCGCUGAAGAAGAGCUACCGCCUGCUGAUGAGACGCGAGCAGGUGCUCAGAGUCUGCGCCAACCACAGCAUCAGCCCGAGCAUCGAGCUCAAGCCCAUGAACACCUCGGCUAACUCUCUGGUGUGGACCGCCACAGACUACUCAGAGGGAGACGGGAAAGUGGAGCAGCUGGCGGCCAAGUUCAAGACUCCAGAGCUGGCGGAGUCCUUCACACGAGCCUUCACAGACUGCCAGAGCCGCAUGUGUCAGACUGACGCCGCUCAGACGUCUGCCGCCGAGGCGCUGUCUCGAGGCUCCAACCCUGUGGUGUUCUUCGACAUCGCCGUAGAUGACGAGCGUGCUGGGAGAGUCGUCAUGGAGCUCUUCGCGCACCUCGUGCCCAGAACGGCGGAGAACUUCCGGGCUCUGUGUACGGGAGAGAUGGGCUUCAGUUACCGCCGGUCCAUCUUCCACAGGAUCAUCCCGGACUUCAUGUGUCAGGGCGGUGAUAUCACCAGCCAGGAUGGGACGGGAGGGAAGUCCAUCUACGGAGGGAAGUUUGAGGACGAGAGCUUCGAGGUGAGGCACACGGGGCCGGGGCUGCUGUCCAUGGCCAACCGCGGCAGAGACACCAACAACUCGCAGUUCUUCAUCACCCUCAAGAAAGCAGAGCACUUGGACUUCAAGCACGUGGCCUUCGGAUUCGUCAAAGACGGCAUGGAUGUGGUGAGGAGAAUCGGAGAGCUGGGCACUAAAGACGGGAAACCCACGGAAACCAUCACCAUCUCAGACUGUGGACAGAUUUUUUGAGCUGUUCUACACAAACUACUGUUCAUCAUGUUUGAGACCGUGUUCCCUGAACUCUUGUGUAAAUCAGAACUUGUAUACGCAGUGGUUUUAUUUUUGUCCUGUUUGUGUGUUAAUAAAGUGGACAGCACUAGUUGACAAUAAAAUUAAUGGGAAAAAAAAGAAAAACUUUAUUUUAUUACAGAACUUGUUUACCCCAGAGUUUCCUCACAUUUACAGGGGUGUAAUUGGACAGAAUGUGAAUCUUUUGAAGACUUUCUUUGUUAAAUGUGUGUAUUUGGUUGAAGAUCACUUCACUGACACGAGGUCCCACACAAACACAGCCAUGUUUCUUGCCACUUUGAAUUUCUUGAACAUAAAAUAAACUUCUGACAACGAGUUUCA